AUUGCCGCAAUCUAAAAACCAACCAUCACACUCAAUUCAUUCACUUCUGCUCAGUGGUGCGACAAGGACUGGGGGCCUUAGGUGGGAAAGAGAGAGGAAAAAAGUUCACUUCACACCAUUGGGUGCCAAGAGAAGGGGAACACAACUACACUGGAGCUCUCACUGUGCGCUGAUUGUUGAUCAUGGGUGACUGGAGCUUCUUGGGAAACAUAUUAGAGGAAGUAAAUGAACACUCGACGGUGAUUGGGAGGGUGUGGCUCACAGUGCUCUUCAUCUUCCGGAUCCUUAUCCUGGGCACAGCUGCUGAGUUUGUGUGGGGCGACGAGCAGUCGGAUUACGUGUGCAACACCCAGCAGCCUGGUUGCGAGAACGUGUGCUACGACGAGGCUUUCCCCAUCUCGCACAUCCGUCUGUGGGUUCUCCAGAUCAUCUUUGUGUCUACACCCUCGCUGGUGUACGUGGGCCACGCUGUGCACUAUGUCCACAUGGAGGAGAAGCGCAAGGAGCGCGAGGAGGCUGAGUUGAACCGCCAGCAGGAGCUGAGUGAGGAGAGGCUGCCGCUAGCGCCUGACCAGGGCAGUGUGCGCACCACCAAGGAGACCAGCACCAAGGGCAGCAAGAAGUUCAGGCUGGAGGGCACCCUGCUGAGGACCUACAUCUGCCACAUCAUCUUCAAGACGCUGUUCGAGGUGGGAUUCGUGGUGGGCCAGUACUUCUUGUACGGCUUCCGCAUCCUACCGCUGUACCAGUGCAGCCGCUGGCCCUGCCCCAACACCGUGGACUGCUUCGUGUCGCGCCCCACCGAGAAGACUGUCUUCAUCAUCUUCAUGUUGGCCGUGGCAUGCGUCUCGCUCUUCCUCAACUUUGUGGAGAUCAGCCACCUGGGCCUGAAGAAGAUUCGCUUCGUGUUCCGCAAGCCGCCGCCCCAGACCCAGGGCGGUCAGGACGGCGAAGGCCAGAGCCCCCCUGGGGAAAAGAGCCUCCACUCCAUGGCCGUGUCGUCCAUCCAGAAGGCCAAGGGCUACCAGCAGCUGGAGGAGGACAAGCCCCCAUCGCACUUCUUCCCCUUAACAGAGGUGGGCAUGGAGGCAGGCAGGCUGCCCGUACCUUACCAGGCGGAAAGUGAGAACGUCUCUAAAGUGUACAACGAGUCUUUGCCUUCCUACGUCCAGACGACUGGGGCGGAGGUGAGGGUCCUACCGGAAAGCGGCGAGGACGAGGGCCCCGCGGACCCCGACGUGGAGGCUACCGACACGAUAGCAGACACCAGACCACUCAGCAGUUUAAGCAAAGCCAGCAGCAGGGCAAGGUCAGACGAUUUGACAGUAUGAAAGUGAAAUCAAUGUGAAAAAGCAUGGGAGCAAAGCCUCACAGAGCCUUAACUCUCGCUGUGAGGGAAGUUAACAUCAGCUUGUUAUUCGGUAAAAAGAGUUUAAAAUGCUGUGCAAUGUGCAAGGAGCCUUUAGUUUUAAAAGAAAGAUAAACUUGUAUUUUAUAAGACAGCAUUUUUUGUACUGUUUUUAUCAAUCUAUUUAAAAGGUAACAGAAAGAAAAAAGGUCAUUUUCAGCAGGAUUCGUAUCGUACAAGAGGAGGUUAUUAUUUAACAAAAAUGUGCUGUUUUUUAAUUCACAUAUUUUCUAUCAAGAGUUUUAACCAAAAAUGAUCAAACGCUUCCGAUGUUUACAUUUUUUUGACUAUCCAUUUAGCUUGAUGUUAAAUGUUAUAUUUCUAUUGAGCAAGUUAUUUUUGAAGUACUGUCAGGUUUACACUUGAGCGUGUGUGUAUGUAUUACAAUAAUUUCACCUCAUCUUCUCAAACAUAUACAACUAAUUUAUUUCACCUAAUAGAUCUACAGAUUUAUUUAUUUUUAUCUGUGAGGUGAAACAUCACAUUCUCAUAGAAUUGCUAACAACAUCAAAAAAUUCAAAAAGAAAGGACCACUGGUUAAAUGAAAAUUGACAUCAAUCUUGGCAUUUACUUUUUUAAUCCACAACAUGUAUCAAAAAACCUUGAUAAACAUAUAUUUUAUUGAUAACUAUGGGAACCAUGGAAGCUACCGUGGGCCAAAUACUUUCUUCCGCCAUGAUGAUAAAGAUCUUGCCCUAUCAGCACAAAGUAUUGUUGAACAAGAGAGAAAAAAUUAAGAACUCAUAUUCACAAAACAGGCCUUCCUUGACAAACUUUGAAAGAAAACAACUUUUUGAUUCCAUCUCAUGAAAUGUGACAACAAUUAGCAGUGUAGCCAAAGUGCUUAGUUCGCAAUGUAUAUUUCAAAACUGUAAUGAAAUGUAAAUGAAUUCAUUUACACAGUGGUCAACACACUAACGUCUAUCAUGUCGGUCAGGUGUGGACACAGAUCAACCAAGAGUCAUAUUGUCAGGCAAUAUGCCAUCUUGCUUUACCGAUGUUCAUAUGUACAAAUAUAUGAUGAAGAGGUAUUCAUUUAAAUUGUAUUGGUUAUCUAGUUGAUUGAUUUGUGCUACAAAUGAAAACUAUACAUAUCAGAAACCCAUUGACACUAAUUCUGCUAACUGGACAGUGACAGAAUCUAAAUGCUGAAGUGAAACAAUUCACGGGCCUUAAAAUCAACCUUGCUUUUGAACUAUGGAAACAUUUAUUACUGUAAGUGGAUAUACUUUCGGAUGCUUGUCUUCAGUCUGUCUGAGCCCUUCUAUAUUGUGACGUAAAAACAUCAUAUUGUGAAAUUGAAAGUUGAACUGUGUGUCUAAAUGGAAUGUCUGUAAUGUUUUUAUGAGCGUCAAUUGAUUCCAUGUUAGUGUUGUCGCUUUAAUGUCUAUUUUCAUUAUUUUACAAAAAAUGCUAUUUAAAACGGUGUAGUGGUUAAGGCGUUGUUGCUCUGGGAACUACUCUACUGUUGUUAGUUUGAAUUAAAUCCCAAUUCUAUUUUAGGUUAUUCAAACAUACAGUUUAGAGAAAUAGAAUCGCCCUCCUAUCUUCCUUCCUCAAAGUUUGGCAUAUCUGUUACCCAUCACCCUACUUUAGAAAAACACCAGGGUCGUGUUGAUUAGGCACCAAACGGACAAAAACAGACAAACAGAAAAGAAGUACUGUAACUGGUUUGUUUUCGUUUGCUUUGGCAAAAACAUUUUAAAACGUGUUCCGUUGUGUGCCCAAAUGAACAGGACCCAGACCAGAGAUCACCAUGUUCCAGACAAUGUGCCUUUUAAGACUGAUUUGAACACUGAUUUUUCUCUGAUGAACAUUUAAAUGGUGCUUUCAUUCCAACUAAGUCCUACCAUUUCGCCAGAGGCCGAAUGAUUCAGCAAUCAGUAUCGCCAUCAACACAUUGCAACAAAUAAUGAGAGGCGUUUAGCACAAUCACCAGCCAGAGGAGGUAAAGCAAACAUUUCUGAGUGUUGAUAUAGUUGGGAAAGUAAUGCUUCCAUGGAGGGGGGAGUAUUGAGCCUUGUUCAACCAACAAAUGCAAACCAUCUCAAUAUAGUGCAGUGGCCCCUCAACCCCCUGUCCUAAACAAUACGCUACAAGCUGCAAGGUUAUCAACUUAGCCCAAAGCUCAGAUAUGUGUGCAAUGUGAACGGGGCAGACAUUAACUUCUGAGGGCUGCUCCAGAUGGGGUGCUGUUCAUUUGGAUUAAAUCUUAUUUAAAAAUGAAAUCCAAAACAAAUUCAUGAACGUUGGCAAGGUAUCCAGUUAAACAUUGAGCCAUGCUGAAAGUCAUCGGCCUUGCUGCCCUGCUCAUCUAAAUGUCAGUAGGGAAUAUCUGAGAUAUUAGGGAAUAUCGGGAAUAUCAGUAGGAAAUAUUAGUUUAUUAUCAAGCUGUGUACAUUUCCAAUAAUCAAGAGACAGACGAGGGCCGUGUGACUUCAAACCUCAACAUAGGGUUCAGUGUCCUAGCGGUAUCAAAGUCAUUCUUUUAUUCCGUUUUUACAAUGAAAAUAAGUAUUCUUAGUCAUAGAAAAAAAAAGAAACGUUUUACUAACUUGUAGUCCUAUUUGCUCAUAGUUGUGUGCAAGUAUCAUCUUUUGAAACUGUGAACAAGGCCAAUAAAAGGUCAGGUGUGGUCAAGA